AUGGGGUAUCCCGAUCCAUUGAAGGUGUUCUCGAGAAAACUCACCGACAACGUUGUUGUCAGCUCAAGCGGGUUCAAGCGGUUCGACAGAAUCAACUUUGGUGCUAGAAUGGCCCUUUUCAACUACAACGACACCAUUGUCGUGUGGUCGGCGUUGCCCUACAGUGAAGGUGUCAAGGAAGCUCUUAAGAUGUCGUCUGGAGCCAAGGAGCCCAACGUAAAGUACGUGGUGAUCCCGGACCGAGAGCACACGAUGGCUGCAAAGUCGUUCAAGGAGCAAUUCCCGCAGUUGAAGAUCAUCGCCAUGGAAGGAGUGGAUUUGGGCAAAUCCGUUCCAAUCGACUAUGUUGUGACGCUGAAGUACAAGAACCAGUUGAUCGAUGCCCAAAAGCUAAAGGAGAUUGGUAUCAGCGAUCCCGUGAUCUUGGACAACUUUGAGUUUGUGUACCUCCCAUCCCACGCCAACCUGGAGCUUGUGAUGUAUGACAAGCAGCUGAGGGCGUUGUUCCAGGCAGACUUGUUGUUCAACUUGAAACAAGGCGACGGUAACGAGCAGUUCUCAAAGCACUGUGGCCACGAAGGUGGCAACCCUUUCUCUGGGUUUUCGUACUUGGCUCGCUUCAUGCACCCAGACAGCAAAUUCGGCCGGUUCUUCAUGAACAAAGCGGUCAAUAGCGGUGCAGCAGCCGAGGGUCUUCAGAAGAUCUACGGGUGGGAUUUCGAAAAGGUGGUGAUGUGUCACGGGCUGAUCAUCGAGUCUGGUGGCAGAGAGGUGUUCAGAAAAGUGUUUGCCUCUGCGAUAGAUAAGAAGUAA